UUCUAAUCAGUGCAUGUAGCCUACACUACGAACAGUUAAGUUGUCUACACAUACUACGCGUACUAACUUGCAUACGCGUGAGGCGCACUUACGUUUUUGGUAGCCUACUUGGUUUACGUCUUAUCUAGUCGAUUUUAAAACGGUGUUAAACUAAGUAGAUACUAUUUGAACUAUUUUUUCGACUGCGCGACAAAACUAGAACGCUUUUGUUUUAAUAAACGAAUAUGAAACGAUGAAUGAAACUGCCUACAUGGCACUGUCAUCGACGCGCUAUUAAAAGUUGAAUACGGCCGCGUCGCGUCGCUCGUAGGCAAACUGUAGACACCUGACACCUGAGAUUGUCAUCUACAUUGACAAAGAAGACACGUAGACGUGUAGCCUACGUAGAGACGAGUUUGAGGAUGUUAAAACUGUCUUCUAAAGCUCCACCUCUGGACGCGAGCACUGGGGCGGGCUCGAGACGCGUCUACCUGCUUCAACUCCGUUAUUUAAAAGCCUCCGAGACAGACGCGCUGUCCACUCUACAAACACACUCUGUAGUGGGAUCAAUCAAAUCAAAGAACUGAACGGAGAAGAUAUAUUAUAGCUCGUAAGGAAAUCAGUUCUUGGAAAGGUGACGGAUAACUUUUUCUUUAUUCGUCGGUUUGAAUUAUUCACGAGACUUUACUGUAACUUCACAUUUGAUGGGACACUCAGAAGUUUCCAGCUGUCUUCUGUCCGGAGCGAAGCAUCACACCGAAGAAUUGAUGGAGAUUUUGCGAAUUGAGAAACAACCUGGACGACAGCUGCAAUUGUUUUGCACAGGAUAAUACUUUUUUACAUAUUUUACAGUUAAAGCUCAAAGGGGCUUUGCAGCCUGAUGCCAUAGAAUAACAUUUUCAAUAACUUUAUAUUCCUUCAGAAAACGAUCUAUGCUCUAGUGCUAUAAAGAACCAAGAAACCAGCACAGAUCUGAAGACCCCAUAAUGUAAACAUGAACCAUACGAGCAAAAUGAUCCUUUAUGAGAAAAUGGUUCUUUGCUGAACUUAAGAACCAUUGAAGAACCUAUCUGUAAGAUCCUAUGGCUUGAAGCAGAAGAGAAGAGGGGAAAACAUUGGCUUCCAAGUGAUUUUAUAUUUAGAAUUGAAUACACCCUCAUCAUCAUCAUCAUCACAGACUGGAUGUAAAGAUGACAAGCGUCUGGUUUGCUCUGCUGGGCUUCUUGUGGAGCUUUUAUUUGGCAGGUAGCAGUUCUGUACUGGACGGAUCUGAGCUUCAGCCCAACUUCAUACAUCGGAGGUUGCGGACUCAGGAGAAGAGAGAGAUGCAGAAAGAGAUUCUGUCCAUACUGGGACUGAACCACAGACCCAGACCGCAUCUGAGCAGCGGCAAAUAUAAUUCAGCACCCCUCUUCAUGCUGGAUCUGUACAACAGUAUGUCCACUGAAGAGAAGAGCGACGUGGAUCAGUACAGAUCACUGUUCACCACCACACGACCCGCUUUAGCUUCACUUCAUGACACAGAGUUCCUGCAUGACGCGGACAUGGUCAUGAGUUUUGUCAAUUUAGUGGAAAAUGACAGAGAGCUGUCUCCACAGAGAAGACACCAUAAAGAGUUCAAAUUCAGCAUGUCCCAGAUUCCAGAGGGAGAGGCCAUCACAGCUGCAGAAUUCAGGAUCUACAAGGAGUGUGUGACCAGGGCCUUCCGCAAUGAGACAUUCCUACUUAGCGUGUUCCAGGUGGUUGGGGAACAUCCAGAAAGGGAUGCCGACCUGUUUCUGCUGGAAUCUCGCAGGUUGUGGGCUGCUGAAGAAGGUUGGUUGGAGUUUGACAUCACAGCAACUAGUAAUCUCUGGGUGAUGAGUCCACAUCAUAACCUGGGUCUACAGAUCAGUGUGGAGACCAGCAGUGGCUGGAGCAUCAAUCCCAAGGAAGUGGGGUUAGUAGGUCGUGAUGGCGCUUUAGAGAGGCAGCCUUUCAUGGUGGCCUUUUUCAAAGUGAGCGAAGUCCGUCUCCGAACUGCCCGGUCAGUGGGUAAAAGACGUCAACCGAACCGCAAUCGCUCCAGCAGUCCACAGGAGGCAUCAAAGGGAUCAGCUAAUACAGAUUUCAACAGCAGUGAUCAGAAGACCGCCUGCAGAAAGCACGAAUUGUACGUCAGCUUCAGAGAACUGGGCUGGCAGGACUGGAUUAUUGCACCUGAGGGCUAUGCAGCAAACUACUGUGAUGGAGAAUGCUCUUUUCCCCUAAACGCCCAUAUGAAUGCUACUAAUCAUGCUAUAGUACAGACACUGGUCCAUCUGAUGAAUCCAGAGAACGUUCCAAAGCCAUGCUGCGCUCCCACCAAACUGCAUGCAAUCUCCGUGCUCUACUAUGAUGACAACUCCAACGUCAUUCUGAAAAAAUACAAGAACAUGGUGGUGCGUGCAUGCGGCUGCCACUGACACAAGGGACAUGUGUUGCCCUGCCCGACCGCUGCACCACAGAGACAGGACUUACAAAACGAAAUAAAGUCAGAUGCGAAAAGCAAGCAUUAUAAAAAGAAAGAAAAAAAGUGAGAGAACGUCUCGACGGUGGAUCCAAGUUUGCUGCUUCUCAUUUUUACAAACACGGCCAUUUCUCGUGACAUUUCGGAUCCUACAAACUGCCAAGAGGAUGUUCAUGUGAAUCUAUAAACAGAAAAUGAACUUGAUGCCUUAAGUCUAAAACAAAGACACAAAGAAAAUGUAAAUUAUGAGCUAAAAUGCAGUCUGUAUUUAAAAUUGUGUUUCACUUAUCAAAUAUUUAAAGGGGUCGCAUCAUAACAUUAUAAAAAUUCAUUUUCUAAGCAAGGUCUACUUGUUUUACGAACAAAUCAUUUCUUUAUGACUUUUUUUCUCCACCCACAUUCUGAUCCUUGGAAUUAAACGGGAUACUUUUUUUUGCUGCUGUGCCUUUAAGACUAGACUUUGUAUCUUUCUAAUGUUUGAAAGUUCCAGAAGUUCAGAACAAAUGAUUUUUUGCAACUUUCAGGAACUUCCUCCCCGAUAUAAAUAGACAGUCUGAGUUCUGAAAGUUACUGUAGCUUUUUUUAUCUCAAAAGAAACUUUGAUUCCUCAUCAUAUGACCUUUAAGUUCGGAAACUUAUAAAUUACUGUGUCCCAAAGCACAGAAAUCAGAACAGGAAACUUUCUACUGCUUUGUGUAUUUUUGAUGAAGUCACUUGAACCCACAGGACUCUAUUUUAGGUCUCAAAAAUCAAAUUAUUUUAAGUUUCUCAAUAUUUGCUCUGCACUACCUGUGGUUUGCAUCUGUGAGUCAGAGCGAGUGGUUACACACUUCAACAGAACUCAAAGAACGGAACCAUUAUGCUGCCAUUCCAAGGAUGGAACUGUUAUUUGAUGCCGUCUGACACCACAGAUCUAUAAUUUCCCUGCAACACCUGCACCUUGGAUGGUUUACAUCCAAAACUUCCCAUAAUACACGAGGACUUACUAAUAAUCUAAGCUGUAUUCUGGGCCAUCAUACUCACAUGGGCUGUAUAUUUUCCACCAUCUCAUGUCUAUUUAUUGUCAAACAUUUUUUGAAAUGCAGCUGUACAUCCUUUUUUUCCACUGUGAGCCAUUGAAUGGUACAAAACUCUUAUUGGACAGGAAACACAGGUCUAUUAUCAGCAUUGUAGCAAUAUAUUUUGUAUUUGCCCUUUGUAAUUUGGGAACCGAAAAUUGCUUAUAUUUUUAUACCAAUACUGAAACUAAAUUCAGUUACGUUUAGUCAAAUUUUAAUGCUGUUUGCAUUUCCAUUCAUCUCACUGGCACAGGACCCCAAUAAGCCAACAGGACCAUGCCUUCCAGCCAAACCUUGACUGCUUGGUUCACAUUGACAUUGACCACAUCACUAUGGUAUUGAGUUGUACUGUUGGUUGCCAGUAGGCUUCUAUGUAUUCAAAUUCUGCCGCAAGAAUUGAAUUUGAGGGUAGUAAAAGUAUAACAGUUUUCCUAAUAUUGUAAUUUUUUUUCCAACUCCUAUUUCUAGUUAUAUCACAUACCUCCCAUAAACUGCUGUUUACGUCUCAA